GCGAUCCUAAUGGCUGCGCGCGGGCCGCGGUGAGCGCGGGCGGAGAGCGACGGGCGCGAGGCCGCGGAGCAGCGAGAACGAGCGCGGCCGGACCCCGGCCAGGCCCGGCCCGACCCGCCGAGCCCGCGAUGCGCCCCGGGGCCACCCCGCGGCGCAGCUGACGCCGCGGCCCUCGGAGACCCCGGCCGGCCGGCUCCCAGCGAGCGGCCGCCCCGGCCCAGGCCGCGAUGGCGGGGAAGGCGUCCGCCUCGGGCACCGCUGUGCUGCUGGUCACGGCCAACGUGGGCUCGCUCUUCGACGACCCAGAAAACCUCCAGAAGAACUGGCUUCGGGAAUUCUACCAGGUGGCCCACGCGCACCGGCCGCACUUCCUGGCCCUGCACUGCCAGGAGUUCGGAGGCAAGAACUACGAAGCCUCCAUGUCGCAUGUGGACAAGUUUGUCAAGGAGCUGCUGUCCAGUGAUGCCAUGAAGGAGUAUAACAGGGCGCGUGUCUACCUGGACGAAAACUACAAGUCCCAGGAGCAUUUCACGGCACUAGGAAGUUUUUAUUUUCUUCACGAAUCCUUAAAAAACAUCUACCAGUUUGACUUUAAAGCUAAGAAGUACAAAAAGGUCACCGGGAAGGAGAUCUACUCGGACACGCUGGAGAGCACGCCCAUGCUGGAAAAAGAGAAGUUUCCGCAGGACUACUUCCCCGAGUGCAAGUGGUCGAGGAAAGGCUUCAUCCGGACGAGGUGGUGCGUGGCGGACUGUGCCUUUGACUUGGUGAACAUCCACCUUUUCCACGAUGCGUCCAAUCUGGUGGCCUGGGAGACGAGCCCCUCAGUGUACUCGGGCAUCCGGCGCAAGGCCCUGGGCUACGUGCUGGACAGGAUCAGCGACCAGAGGUUCGAGAAGGCCUCCUACUUUGUGUUUGGCGAUUUCAACUUCCGACUGGAUUCCAAGUCCGUGGUGGAGACCCUCUGCACAAAGGCCACGAUGCAGACAGUCCGGGCCGCUGACACCAAUGAGGUCGUGAAGCUGAUAUUCCGUGAGUCAGACAAUGACCGGAAGGUGACACUCCAGCUGGAGAAGAAGCUCUUCGACUACGUGAACCAGGAGGUGUUCCGGGACAACAACGGCACCGCGCUCUUGGAAUUCGACAAAGAGCUGUCUGUCUUCAAGGACAGGCUGUGUGAACUGGACAUCUCGUUCCCUCCCAGAGUUCAAACCUGCAGCAAAAACAACACGUUCCCUUCUGACCAGCCCCAGAGGUGCUGCCCCAGACAGGCCCGGGCCGCAGAGGGGCGUGAGGUAAGGAGAGGGCCCAGGAUGCUGGGCAGGCGCGGGGCCCGUGGGACUCAGCCUACCUUCAGCCCCCACCCCGGCCCGCCGCCUGGAAGGACUCAGACGCCCCGUCACGCCCGGCUUUCAGGGCCUCCUGGACUUUUCCCCUCGUCAUCCACACAGCAAAUGCACUGCAGGCUGGCCGAGCGGUCCUGGCCCCUGUCCUGGUGGUGACCAGCUCUCCGGCCGCCCCGUGGCAGGGGGUGGGGGGCUCAGUGCAGAGCCUGGGGCGUCCAGGCCGUGGCCAGUCGUACACCCAGGAUAGUCCCUGGAGAUGGUCCAUCAGCGGACGGGGCUCCUGACCAGCGGCCGGGGGCCUUUUCCCACAGAGGUGUCUGUCACUGUUCUCCGCGGAGUGAUGGAACCUGGCUCCUGACGGACUGCGACCUAGUGCUGUGCUCCACUUUGCUGGACGCGGUGCUGAUGUUUCAGACCUCUGCCGCCCCUUCAGUUCUUGUUCUUCGCGGCUGCCUGCGGUCACGUGUAGCACGUUCGCCCCAGACAGCUACCCGCGUGACCGGGUGGGCGGGGUCGGAGGCGGAGUGCGCAGCCAGGCCAGGCCAGUGGGCCCAGGGGCUGCCCCACCACAGAGACCCUGUGGGCCCCACCCCUGCAUCCGGGGUGACACCCGCCAAUCCCGCCAGGCCACGUGAAGGCCUUUAACGCCAUGUGGUGUUACCGGGAACUGGUGACAAAAAGGCUUCAAGUUCGUGCUUAGACUAAUCUUGGUGGACAGAGACCACAAGGCUGGCCUGGCACGAGCUGUGCCCACCCGGCUCCUCUGUGUAACCAGCCGGCGUUGAGCUGACCCAGAGCUGACCGUGGGACUGGUUGUUUCUGGUGGACAGGGUGAUGCGUUGUCUGCUGUCACCCCCGGUGCCCAGGGCCCUCAGAGAGACAAGCGGCCCUGACCACCCUCCGGCCUCCGGCCCAGGGUCCACUCACAGCUCCCACUCCAAGCCCAGCUUCGGGCUGACGGCAGGAGCCCCACGGGGCCUCUCCCCAGGGAGGCCCAGCGUGAACAGCCCAAAGGUGAUCACUGACGCCUCUGCCCUCUGCAUCCUAGCCAGCUGGGAAUUUUCUAACUUACUGUUUAAUUCUGAGCGAAAUUGUCAUUGGUUUUAAAAUAAGGACAUCUAAGUGGGAAGACGGGGUGGUUUAGCUGCCUUUUCCGUUAACGUGGCCGUGGUGGCAUUUCCAUGGCCCUGGACCCAAGUCCCCCUGGGACGGUGCCCGCUCCCUUCUAGGCAGCUGCUCCACAGUGCUCCCUCCCACUGCCCAGAACAGCCCAUGUGAAGCCUCCCUUCCCUGGAACCGGACGAUUCCCAAACGCAGCAGAAUGCGCCCCACAGCUCCCAUCUCGUCCCACCGACUGCAAGACACUGGGUGUCCCAGACUCGGGAGUCAAGGAGUCACAGAUACAGCUUUGCCUGCACCUUGGGGCCGCGGCCAGGUUCCUGCUGGGGCAGCGCCGACACUGUGACAACAGGCCAGUCUACCUGUGAUUGUGAACAUGGAGUUUACCUUCCAGACCCCUGAGAGGGCCUCAGGGACCCCAGAGGUCCUCACGUCACAGCCAAGAACCAGCCCCAAACAGGAAGGAAUCUAAAUGCUGUUGAUAGCGGAACGGAUAUUUGCGCUGAAUUCCGCAGCCGGCACUGCAUCACGCGAGUCUGGAGGCAAACCCGAACAGGAGUGUGCGCGAGCAGGCUGGGGUCACGACCCUUGACCUCCCAGGCCGUGGUGGAGGGCACAGGGCUGCUGGACGUGACAGGGGCUGGGCUCUGCCUGGUACAUGUGCUUCAGAACGAGGUCAGCGAGAAGGUGGGAAGGUGUCCGGUCCCGGCUGCACCCACCGUUUGGUGUGUCCGGCUUAUCCAGGGAAACCCCCACCGUCCCAGAGCCAGUGGGACGGGGUGUUUCUAAGGGGAGGUUAGCCACAGGGAAAGGCCAAGCGGUGGUCUUUGGAAAAGACGAAACCCCACAGAACACAGGGAUAAGCGCAUCCCGAGCCGGGGGGGCUGUCCUCCUAAAGUGGGCCAUUCAUUUUCAUAUGAACUCUCAGAGGCUCUUCUCAGACUUUCCUGUGGCCAGAACUUAAAGCUGGACCGCCUGUGGGUUCCCACCUGUAACGAAUACAAAAUGGUGACGUUCGAACAAGAAGGCCGGGCUCCCUGCUGCACGCCAGGCCUGGUGCUCGGGGAGGGAACCCAGACGGCCCUCUGUCCAGCUGGUCCCUGAGCCCUGGCUGGACGUGGCCCCCACGGACGCGUGGGGCAAGUGCUGAAGGGCAGGGGCACAGCACAGUUCCCCUGGGACGCCGGCCGGUCACCCCACGUGCCCCGUGCCUGGAGGAGGGUCGGCCCUGCGCCUCUGACCGCGGGACCCUCCUGGGACGCCUGCUCCUCAUCUCCACUCGGCAGCUGAGCGCCGCUGCCGGUCCCAGCACAGCUGUGCCCCUCCUCCCUCCGUCCACUGGGAAUCUCAGUAACUACCAGCGUUUGGCAGCCCAGUAUUUGAGCGGCCGCUGCUUGUUGGCCUCCGGAACUCACACAUGCCCACGGGGACCUGCCGCGCCGGGCGCUCUGAAGCCACUGAGUCGGCCCUCCCCACAGCGGUGCUGUGACCUGGGGACACUGAAUUUUACCAG